UGGCCUCCCCAUUCCCCCCUUGAUCUACUGAGCUGGCCUUUGUGGGUCCCCCCUUGACCAACCCUGGGGUGUCCCUGGAGAAUUAAGGGGGGGACCCUCUGAGCCAACCUUGCAGCAGCCCCCCACUUUUUUUUCUUCUGUGCCAGGCACUGUACUAGGCUCUUUCUUGGACGGGCAUCAUCUCCUAAGAGUCCUCUGAAGGUUCCCCUGGAAGCUCCACAGGCUUCUGGGGCCAUGAGCGAGCUGAAGGAUUGCCCCUUGCAGUUCCACGACUUCAAGUCAGUAGAUCACCUGAAGGCAUGUCCCCGCUACACUGCGGUGCUUGCCCGCUCCGAGGACGAUGGCAUCGGCAUCGAGGAGUUGGACACGCUGCAGCUGGAGCUCGAGACCUUGCUGUCCUCCGCCAGCCGGCGUCUGCGGGUGCUUGAGACCGAAACACAGAUCCUCACUGACUGGCAAGAUAAGAAAGGUGACCGCCGAUUCCUGAAGCUGGGUCGGGACCAUGAACUUGGGGUCCCCCCCAAACAUGGGAAGCCCAAGAAGCAGAAACUGGAAGGGAAGGCGGGACACGGGCCGGGCCCUGGCCCUGGGCGGCCCAAAUCUAAAAACGUUCAGCCCAAGAUCCAGGAAUAUGAGUUCACUGAUGACCCAGUCGAUGUGCCACGGAUACCCAAGAAUGACGCCCCCAACAGGUUCUGGGCCUCCGUCGAACCCUACUGCGCUGACAUCACCAGCGAGGAGGUGCGGACGCUGGAGGAGCUGCUCAAGCCGCCUGAAGAUGAGGCAGAACAUUACAAGAUUCCACCUCUGGGGAAACAUUAUGCCCAGCGCUGGGCCCAGGAGGACCUGCUAGAAGAACAGAAGGAUGGGGCCCGAGCUGCGGCCGUAGCCGACAAGAAGAAAGGUCUGAUGGGACCAUUGACUGAGCUGGACACGAAAGAUGUGGAUGCACUGCUGAAGAAGUGUGAGGCCCAACAGGAGCAGCCAGAGGAUGGGUGCCCCUUUGGUGCCUUGACACAACGCCUCCUACAGGCCCUGGUUGAGGAAAACAUUAUUUCCCCCAUGGAGGACUCACCUAUUCCUGACAUGUCUGGGAAGGAAUCGGGGGCUGAUGGGGCAAGCACUUCCCCCCGCAAUCAGAACAAACCCUUCAGCGUGCCACACACCAAGUCGCUGGAGAGCCGCAUCAAGGAGGAACUGAUCGCCCAGGGCCUGCUGGAGUCCGAGGACCGCCCGGCAGAGGACUCAGAAGACGAGGUCCUGGCUGAGCUGCGCAAGCGGCAGGCAGAGCUGAAGGCGCUCUCGGCACACAACCGCACAAAGAAGCAUGACCUGCUGCGGCUGGCGAAGGAGGAGGUGAGUCGGCAGGAACUAAGGCAGCGGGUCCGCAUGGCAGACAACGAGGUCAUGGACGCCUUCCGCAAGAUCAUGGCAGCCCGGCAGAAAAAGCGAACCCCCACCAAGAAGGAGAAGGACCAGGCCUGGAAGACGCUGAAAGAGCGGGAGAGCAUCCUGAAACUGCUGGACGGAUAGUCCAUAUUCCUGCCACCAACAGAUCUUAGCAGGUGGCCAGCAGGAGCCCACUUCCCUCUGGGGGAGCCCCCUGAAGCCCUGGUCUGUGGCUGCCCCUCACUGUCCAGUAGCGACAGCGCCUCGAGUCGAGGCCCUUUCCUGAGGUCUCUUAACCUGACUGUAUGCCCCAGUUGUGGGCACCCCUCCUGGGCCGGCCUUGGGGUUCCUCCGUCUCUGCUUGGUCUCCAAGAUGAGGAGCUUCAUUUCUGGGCCUUCCUCCUCUUCCACCUUCUCCCCGCCCCCCACCCCCCCUUCCCCCCCCCCCCCCCCCCAGGACUUCUCCCCUGCGGUUUUUGUAAAGUGCAAACUCAAGAGUGAA